CUUUGACUUCCCGCUGUCCUCCCGCCUUCAGAGAGCUGCUGUGCAUCGGGUGAUGACGUCAUCGUGUUUCCAGAGUUUAGAACAAAAAGAAAAAGUUUCUCUUUAAAAAUUAAAAAGGUGCCCUUCAGGUGAGUCCUGUAGCCGAGGAAAGGUCUUCCUCAUGAGAACCUCAGCCCCCCUACGCGCGCGCGCACAGCUGUGAGCAAUAAGUCUCUCUCUCUCACUCACUCACUCUCACUGUGAGUUUACCGAGCCCGGUUGGCUGGGCGGUGCGCGCGCACGCACACGCCUCCUCUCCAGCGCGCGGGUGAGCUUCAGCUGCGUAACGGAUCACCGGGCAGCCCGAUAGCGGCCGCGCGCGGCGCACUAUGAGCUCCAGAUGUCCGCGCGAGCAGCCACCCACAACGGCGUGACUCACCGCGCGAGCAGCUAGUUGGAGACGCGCGCGCGCACCGGUGCGCUCGGAGAGGUUAGUGCGCGCGGCUUUCACUCCUCUGGAACUUUAAGAGCCAACGGAGUUCACGGGGAAGAGGAGCGCGAGCCCCUCGGGACUGACGGUUGGUGCGCGAGCGGCGCUGCUGCCACACGGAUGAGCGCGCGGGACACCUCCGGCCGCAGGGGCGCGCCUUCAGAGAAGUGACCGACACCAGAGACCCGGAGGAGCAGCAGCCCCCCCCCCCCCCCCCCAGCGCAGAAGAGUUGGAGAGCACGCUGCACAUCUUCUUCUCCUCCUCCUUCUUCUCCUCCUCCUCCUCCUUCUUCUUCUUCUUCUUCCGGAAGCUUCCAGGACCAACAUGCGUCGCGAGGGCACGAGAGGAGUCCACGCGCGGCUCCUGGUCGUGUCGAUGCUCCUCGUGAGCUCCGGUACCGGCUUCCCCAGCCGCCAGCAGCCGGUCCACCGGGUCCGGUCCCUCCAGGCUCACGGCCACCCGGUGCCGGGCGGCGGGCUUCGGUACGGGCCCGAGGCUCUGGAGCAGCAGAACCAGGUCCAGAGCUUCCCGUCUGAGCCCCACGGCCACCAGAGGAGGUGGUCCCCCCCCCAGCACCGCUCCGCCGGGCUCCUCCCACAGCCGGAGCCCGAGGAGGAGGCCGGCCCCUUCAUCCUGGACCUCCAGGACCUCCCAGACCUGGCCACGGCCGACAUCAACUCACAGAACCCCAACAUACAGGUGACCAUCGAGGUGGUGCAGGACCCUCACCUCGAGGUGGAGAUGGACCUCGCCAAGGAGAAGGACUGGCUGCCUUCCUCCUCCUCCUCUCCCUCGUCCACGCUGGAUUGGCUGGGAGGCAAGAAGCUCUUCUGGCCUCUGUUCUGGACUUACACCGACAGCGAGUCAGGCGUGGAGGAUAUUGGUGAGGAAGAGGAGGAGGAAGAGGAGGAGGAGGAGGAUUACUCCCUGGACGGCAGCGAGGAGCCCUUACCCAGCGGAGUGGGCGAAGACUGGGACUCACGUUGGAACGAAGGCUGGGACCCGAUGCAGAGCUACUACGAGCAGGACACCGAUGAGUGGACCCCCUGGUCCCCCUGCUCAGUGACCUGUGGGAGCGGCGAGAAGAAGAGGACCAAGUCCUGCGGCUACUCCUGCACCCUGACGGAGGCCUCCAAGUGUGACCUGCAGCCGUGUCCUGGCGACGACAACGUGGUGGUCGAGCCGUUCCCCUUCGAGAUGGAGAACGGCACCGAGCCGUUUGGUACCGAUGUGGACAGCUGUGAGAAGUGGCUGAACUGUAAGAGCGCCUUCCUGCAGCGGUACCUGCAGCAGGUGCUGUCCGAGCUGCCCGGCUGCCCCUGCUCCUACCCGUCCAGAGUGGCGUACAGCGUGGUCAGCGUCCACGACGAGGACCGCGGCCGGCCGUUCCGUUGGCGCGACGCCAGCGGCCCCAAGGAGCGCCUGGACGUCUACAAGCCGUCGGCGCGCAGCUGCAUCCGCUCGGCGCUGUCCGGCGACCUGUCCACGCCCGCGGCGCAGCACUGCUGCUACGGCGAGCGCGGCCGGCUGAUCACGCGCGGGAAAGGCGCCGGAACGCCGAACCUCAUCAGCACCGAGGUGUCGCCGGAGCUGCACUUCAAAAUCGACGUGCUGCCGUGGAUCCUGUGCAAGGGCGACUGGAGUCGGUUCCACGGCGUGCGGCCGCCGAACAACGGCCUGCGCUGCCCGGAGAACCCGUACCAAGACGUGUUCAUGAACGAGCUGGAGGAGGCCCGGGAGUACUGAGGGCCCGGAUGUCACAUCGGACCCGCUUCACGCAUCCCCCAGAGGACGUCGUGUCCCGGCUUCACCUGAACAACCAGCUGUGCUCUCCCUCUCUCUUCUCUCUCCGGGGUCCGUGAUGUCGACGUCCUGGCUGUGUGACGAUGUCCUGGAGCUCGUGUGAUGGACUUCUGCUAAACAUCCACAUCAUGCUUCUAGAAGGUGUCUGAAUGUGUGUUGGUAUAUUCAGAAAGCUCCAACAGAAGGACCUCCCAGCGAUGCUGCUGCAGCAUGAACUCCUGAAGCAUCCAGAGCAACACGAGGCCUCAGUGAGGGCUGCUCACGCCCUUCUGUUGGGAAAGCGACUUCGGGUGCCUUGAGAAGCGCUAUAUAAAAUAAAUGAUUAUUAUUAUUAUUAUGAUGAGUAAUGUUAGAAGAAAUUAGGAUCUCAACCAGAGAGGUAAGCUAAAAGGAUUUUAAACAUCGUGCUGAGAAUUAUGACAAUAUUUCAUGAGCAUUCAUGGAAAACGGCACAUUUGAAAUGUUUGAGUUUACAUGUUUCCUUACAUGUUGACCACCAGAAAGAUCUAAUAUAUAUAUAUAUAUGCAUAUACAUAUGUAUGUAUAUAUAUGUAUAUACAAAUAUGUUAUAUAUUUAUAUAUAUAUAUUUACAUAUAUAUAUCAAUAUAUAUAUAUAGUUUUAUAUAUAUAUAGUUAUAUAUGUAUAUAUCUAUAUAUAUAUAUGAUCUGGCUGCCAAAGAGUAAAGCAUCACACAAUGGGUGCUCGUGUGAAUCCAGCUCUUUAAAUCUCUACGGUGUAAAUGUAGGAAACGCCUCAUGUGGCUCAUGGAGUUCCACGAUGUUCUCAGGGGGACGAAGUGACCCGAUGAACCCGGUUGUUAAUGUACCCCCAGUGUGUUGGGCUGAAGGUGGGAGAGCGUCCCGGACGUCUGGUCCUGGUUCUCGUUGGGCACUGCAGGUAAAGAUGCUCGUUGGACCCUGAGGACUGGGGAUGAUGCAUUGUGUGUGUGGUCGAUGACAUAAUGCCGACACUGAUGGGUUCAUGAACAUCACUGGAUUGGACAGAAAGAACAGUGCUCCUCCAACAGAGGUCCUAGACCCUGGUCCCCAUCAGCUGAUCCCUCAGGCUUUGUAUUUCAGACUCCAGGACAACACAUAGCCUACAUCAGCAUCACAGGUACACGGAGCUACGGAUGCCCUGUCCUCCUUGAAAGGGUGUGGAUCAAACAUAGCAUAGCUGUCAGCGUCAGUGUUGGUGUUCAGUCGUCACAGAAGUACAUUCACAUAUUUUAAACAGCGUCUCUUUCUCCUCAUGCCGUGGGCCUUCAGUCCAAACCCGGUUCAGGAGCCUCCAGAUGAGUUGAUGCCAACAUGCAUCACAUCAACCACCCAUCACUAUAGAGGAAGGCACUUUAUUUAAGAUACAUAUAUAUAUAUACACAAAAGAUAUCUAUCAGAUCACCCCUGGUGGCGUGGGGGAGCGCUGCACCGUGGGUUCUGUGAGUUCUGACUCUAGUGUUACAUGGUGUUGUACAGUAUUUAUUUUUUUACGGUAGCUGAAGCUUUGAAGCGUCUCUACUCAACGUGGCGCACUGUGACGGGAUGAGGCGCCCACCACCAGAGGGGAACAUGUUCACAGUCUCUGUCCUGUGCUUUAUGAAUGUGUUCCUGCAAUUAUGCUGAAGAAAUAUAUAUAAAGACGUUUCAUUCAU